CAAGAGGCCCUCUGGCUGGGAGAUUCUGUCCUGCUGACGCCCAAAGAACUGCCCAGGUAGAACACCAUGGAAGGCGACUGUCUCAGCUGCAUGAAGUAUCUGAUGUUUGUUUUCAAUUUCUUCAUAUUUCUGGGUGGGGCCUGCCUGCUGGGCAUCGGCAUCUGGGUCAUGGUGGACCCCACCGGCUUCCGGGAGAUCGUGGCCGCCAACCCCCUGCUUAUCACGGGCGCCUACAUCCUCCUGGCCAUGGGCGGCCUGCUUUUUCUGCUCGGCUUCCUGGGCUGCUGUGGGGCCGUCCGUGAGAACAAGUGUCUGCUGCUGUUUUUCUUCCUGUUCAUCCUCAUCAUCUUCUUGGCGGAGCUCUCGGCAGCCAUCCUGGCCUUCAUCUUCAGGGAGAACCUCACCCGCGAGUUCUUCACCAAGGAGCUCACCAAGCACUAUCAGGGCAACAACGACACCGAUGUCUUCUCUGCCACCUGGAACUCGGUCAUGAUCACAUUCGGCUGUUGUGGCGUCAACGGGCCUGAAGACUUCCGGUUUGCGUCAGUUUUCCGACUGCUGACUCUGGACAGCGACGAGGUGCCCGAGGCCUGCUGCCGAAGAGAACCGCAGACUCGGGACGGGGUCCUGCUGAGCAGGGACGAGUGCCUGCUGGGAAGGGACCUGUUCCUGAACAAGCAGGGCUGUUACACAGUGAUCCUCAACACUUUUGAAACCUACGUCUACCUGGCUGGAGCCCUUGCCAUAGGGGUGCUGGCCAUCGAGCUUUUCGCCAUGAUCUUUGCCAUGUGUCUCUUCCGGGGCAUCCAGUAGAGGGCGUGGCCUGGAGCCUGAAGCCUCACCCACCAUCACUGCCCAGCACCCAAAGCCCUCCCCUCCCCCGUGCCCCUGCCCUCUUGGCCCCAGGGGAGGAGGUGAGGUCAUGAUGAGUGGCCAGGAGAAGGGGCAGAGGAAAAUAGCUAUUUUUUUAACACAACAAAAUGAAGACAAGACUACGGAUUGAUGGACCCCGCCUGGUCUCCGGGUGGGUGCCAUGGGCUCUCUGCAGGGGUCCUGGCACCUGAACCCCAGGGAGGAGUCUGCACUAGAGACCAAAGGAACCCCAGGACCAGGUUCCCUCCUCGGUCCCACCAGCCUCUGGCAGCCCCAGGCCUGGGCCUUCUCCUCAGCUCCAGGUGCCAAGAAAGUGUGGAUUUAGCCAACAAGGAAGCAAAAGCAACUCUCAGAGGUCGACAAAGCCCCGGGGGGCCCCAAGGAGACUCAGUCACCAUGUCCUUAAGAACUUGGAACCUACGUUCAACCCCUGGUCCUCUGAGGAUGGAAUUAUCCCUGCCCCAGGCUGGGGCCAAGAGUGGGCUGCAGAUACUGGAUCCAAGAAUGGCCUAGCUGGCGGGGUCCUUGCUUCCCUCAUCUGUUGGAUCAAAUAAUCUGGAAAGCCCAGAGAGGGGCACUUUUUCAUUCACAGUCACACAGCAUAUGCAUGACAAUUCUGAACAAGAACCCAGUCGUCCCUCGGCUGCCUGUCGCUCCUUCCAGGCCUCUGUAGGUCCCAGCAGAUCUGCUGCUCACACCCCUUCCUGGCCUCAGCAUCCUGCCUUCCCCAGGAGAGAGAAAGCCAGCUGGUCAAGAACUUCCCAGCUCCACAGCUAAGAAAAUUCUGGACUGUCCUCCCUGCUCCCCUCCCACCUCCCCAUACUUCUUUCUAAGCCCCUAGGGACACACACACACACACACACACACACACACACACACACACACACACGACAGUCUCUUUUCCACACUGCCCACUUCUUCCCACAAGCCCAACCCCUUCCCUAUUCUCCAUCAACUCUGUGGCUCCCAGAGCUGGAAGGAACCCCCAAGAUCAUCUGGUUCUCCUCUCCCUACCCAGAACUGAGGCUUGGAUGUCUUCUGCAAGAUCUCUGCCAAGACUUCGCCACCCUCUUCUUGCAUACCUCCAAUGAUGGGGAGCUUACUACCUCCCAAGACAGACUUCUGUCUUUGGACUGCUUUGAUUUUUUAGCAUCAGCUCAGUGCACAUUAGAGUUCUCUGUUUUUCUCUGGUUCCAUCCAUGGCAUCCCACUCACUCUCUCUCCUUCCCAAAGUAUUAAGGCCACACAUUGCCUCCCCCAAGCCCCAUUUUCUCCAGGCUAAAGAGCUCCAAGACAUCUCAUUUCUGCUGCCACAUGGCUUCCUGUCCCUUCAUGGUCCAUAGCACACUUCUGAGUGUUUCUUCCAGGCUCGGGCAGGGAGAGGUUUUCCCCUAGACUCACACCCACAUAGCACCCACAAACCAGUCCCUCAUACACAGGCCUCACAUUCUAGACCAGUGUUGGCAACUGUAUUGCAAGAUGCCUCCACCCCAGUGAAUCAGGAGUGACUGCCGGGGGCUGUUCAGAGGAUCUGAGCUUUGGCCUGGGGUCAGGGGGUGGGGAGGACAGCAUAAUCUUGAUUGGUGAUGUCAGCCAGACAAUUAAGGCUUGAUUAGUGAUGUCUGCCACAGGCAUGGCGUUGGGAGGGUAAGCAUGGUGCCCUCUCUCCUCCCCACAGCUCCCUUCAGGGUCUGGGGGGAGCCCAUUCUGAAUCCCAGGCCCUGUGUCAGCUUCCAGCCUCCCAGCUUGCCAGCCACUGGGAGAGACGGAGCUAUGGCUGGAGCCCCGUGCCUCCCUGCUCUGCCACCGACCCCCUUUAGAGAUGCAGCCCUGAGCUCUGUGCCUGCUGUAAAAGUUGGGUUUGACCCUCCUCCCCACUCUCCCCUUCCCCAUCCCAUCCUUCUGCUGGCCCCCCU